AUGGUUUCCAGCGAGCAUCGAGACUGGCUCUAUGUCGCCAUCCCAAUCUACUUUGUGAUGUUGGCUGGUAGCGCAGCAUGGGCCUACAAACGAAUGGAAAGGAUGAACCACGAAGGGGUCAGUGAUAAGCUCUCAAGUCACUACCUCGGUGGAAGAUCGUUCGGGCCUCUGCUGACCGCGGGAACUGUAUUUGCCAGUCUCUUUAGCGGGUACACAGUGGUCGGCAUCCCCAACGAAGCGUACAAACUUGGUUGGUACGCUAUUCGAUGGAUGCCAACAACAGCACUCAUUGCCUUCGGAUACUAUGGGACAGGGCUCCGGUUACGAAGGGCGAGCAUGGUGAUGACGUCUGUUAUCUAUUUGGCUGCGCAAGUGAUUGCCCUCAAGGGAACCUUCAACUCAAUGUUCGAAAUCGAAGCUGACGCCAACUGGCCCGUCAUCCUUAUCAUGUCCCUCAUUCUGGUGUUUGAAUGGGUUGGCGGAUUGUCCAGCGUUGCUUUCACAGACAGUAUCCAAGGCUUGAUUAUGCUGAUUAGCUUUAUCAUUUUGCCGAUUGUCAUCAAGGCGAACUUUGGCGGUUGGAGUGACUUGGAUCCUGAGACUUACCCAAAGCCAAGUUUCUACGAGACUCCUUCGGCUGAUCAACAAUGGAAGUUCUGGCAGUUUAGUAUGAUCAACUUCUCCUUCUUCACCCUUCCUCACUUCCUCCAACGAACCUACGCUGCAAAGGACUUGGUAUCGCUCAAGUGCGCCUACUCGGUUGUCGUCGUGGGACCCUGGAUUACCAUGUUUGUCGGAAUCUACAUUGGUACCGUUGGCGUCCAAAUGCUCGACGGCGCGGAUGUCGCAAGCCCCUUUGCUUCUAUCCUCGAAGAAGUUAUGAAUCUGGGAGGCUUCAGCAAAUUCAUUGCUGUGAUCGCUUUUACAGCAUCGCUCGCUGCCAUUAUGAGCACCGCUGACUCUCUCAUCAUCGCCGUUUCCCAGCUGGUUACCGUCGAAGUUCUAUACCCCAUGGUUAAAACCAAGAGCCCCAACACCCUUGCCUGGAUGGGACGUUUCGUCUCUUUUAUGGCUGUUCUCGUAGCCUUGCUUGUCGGAAUCCUGUGGAAAUCAGGCAUUAGCGACUUGGGAGCCAUUCAAUUUCCAAUUACCAUGCAGGCUGUCCCCGCCUUUUUGUUUGCUCUCUUUGCGACGAACAAAUCUACAGACGUCCACCCCUGGUGCAUGGCUGCUUCCGCUUGGAUCGCGAUUGCCUACGUAUUUGGGAUCUACUUUGGAUACCUCAGCAACCAUGAAGACCCUGCUCCUAUCGACGCAGGCGUCACCGGAGUCACAAUUCAAGUCGUAUCCCUUGUUCUCUUGGAAUCCGCUCGUCGCGUCAUCUUCCCAGACCCGUACGAAGCCGAAACCACCAAGCCGCUCCACACUUCCGACACCAAAGACGAGCCACAGCUGUUGUACCCCAACCGACCCGCCUUUGAUAUCCCCUGCACGAAGCGAUUCGGUGACCGCCCUCUUACCCCCAAAGACCUCUGGCAAAUGAUGGAAGGCGUACACGAACCCAUCACGAACGUCUACUUUGUGGCUUUCAUGUUGUUCAGCGUUUCUUUGGUAACUCCGCUGGUGCCUGCUGGCAUUCCUACGUCAUCCACUGAAGAUGCCGUCGUGGUAAAUGGUUUGCCGUGGUGGGCCUUCAAGGCUUUGUUGUUGUGCAUUGUGCCGUAUGCCAUGAGUCUAUAUGCCGUUCUCCGCAUGCCCAACAAAUUUCCCUCCUUGGCUGAGGACAGUGUGUUGGAGCAACCCGGCUUGAUCAUCGAUCCGGACCUCGUGGACAUGUCCAAUGAAGAAAUGGGUCGACGCGGCUCCUACGAUGAACCCAACACAAUGGCAUCGCAGCGACGUAGCUCAAUUCGAAAGAGUCUUCAAGGACUAGGAAUGGUUGGGAGCCACGAGAUGCGCCACUCCUCACGCCAUUUGCCUUCAAACGAUAGCGUCAAACACCUUCACAAGCUCGUUCAAGACGACGAGACAGAAAGCAGCCAUUUCGACCAACGGAACGACGAAGUGGCCGUCUUGUACAAAGACACCGAUAUCACAGCUUAG